GCACGGGUCUCGUCUUCGACUUGGUUGCGGCGUGCGUUUGUGCGGCUUGCCUCCGUCGCGGUGAUCUGGAGAUCGCGGUCAUGGCUUGGCGGUUCCUAAGUGACUUUCCAUGGGAGCUGGAUCCUGAUUUGUAUGGAGACAGGCAUUACAAUGUUUUCACCCGUGAAUUUUAUCCCAGCCUAGAGGACAUUGUGAGAACUAAUGUUUCUGUGCUGACAGAUGAAGAUAUAGAUUCAGCUGUCUUAUUUGGAACUUUGCGAGGCAAUGUGGUUGGAUUACGGUACUAUACAGGGGUGGUCAAUAAUAAUGAAAUGGUUGCACUUCAGCGAGAGCCUAAUAAUCCAUACGAUAGGAAUGCUGUAAAAGUAAACAAUGUGAAUGGAGAGCAGGUAGGGCACAUCAAAAAAGAGCUGGCGGCAUGCUUGGCAUAUAUCAUGGACAACAAGCUGGCAGUACUGGAAGGAGUUGUUCCUUAUGGAGCAAAUAAUGCUUUCACCAUGCCAGUACAGUUGAGUUUUUGGGGAAGAGAGGAAAAUAAACAAGUGGUUCUAAAUCAUCUGAAAAAACAUGGACUUAAGUUAGCUCCUCCAGGAAAAUCUUCAGAAUUUGGUUUGGGGACUACUUGGACAUCUGGUAAAGCUGGAACAAGUUACAGCGCUCCAGCCCAUGCCGCUGUACAAAUGACAGCUGAACAGCUUAAAACAGAAUUUGACAAACUGUUUGAAGACCUGAAGGAAGAUGAUAAAACGCGUGAAGUGGAAGCAGCACAGGCAGUGUUGACUCCAUUAUUCCCACAUCAGAAGCAAGCUUUAGCUUGGAUGAUAUCACGUGAGAACAAUAAAGAAUUGCCUCCAUUUUGGGAAGAAAGGGAGAACUACUACUAUAAUACGCUCACAAAUUUUGCUGAAAAGAAGCGACCAGAAAAUGUGCUUGGAGGAAUCUUGGCAGAUGAUAUGGGAUUGGGAAAAACACUUACUGUGAUUGCAGUGAUUCUUACCAACUUUCAUGAUGGCAAAUCCCUUCCUCUUGAAAAGAAAAAUAAUACGAAGGAGAAAUGUGUUUCUGCUUUGGAGAAUGACUUAAAAGUACCAAAAUGUAGAUCUCAGCCGAAUGCUUCUGAUGCACAAGAAGAAAAUGAUUCUUUGCCAUCUCAGUCAUCUAGGUCCCGUCCUAAAAGAGCUGUGGGAAAGAAGCCAAAGUAUGCAGUAGACAGUGACUCAGAACCUGAAGAGCCGAAAACACAAACUAUAAAAAAAACAAAGCCAGCAACAAGAAAAAGAAGACAAGUUUCUUCAGACAUUCAGGAAGAUACCACAUUUGCCUCUGCACUUGUAGAACCAACUGUUGCUUCAAAAAAAGCAAAGAAAAAAGGUGUUGCAGCAGUACAGCCUAAGACAAGUCAAAGUGACAAGAAUCUUAGAGCAACAUUGAUCAUUUGUCCACUUUCGGUCCUAAGUAACUGGAUUGACCAGUUUGAACAACAUGUUGAUCCUUGUGUUCAGUUGAACGUUUAUGUGUACUAUGGCUCGGAACGCAGCAAAGAUCCAGUAAUGCUUUCAAGACAAGAUGUUGUAUUAACAACAUAUAAUGUUUUAGCUACUGACUAUGGAUCUGGAGGUAAUAGUCCUUUACACAAAUUAAAGUGGCUGAGAGUGGUGUUGGAUGAAGGGCACACAGUGCGAAAUCCAAAUACUCAACAAACAAAAGCUGUACUAGAACUGGAUGCCCAGAGAAGAUGGAUUCUGACAGGUACACCUAUUCAGAACUCCUUAAAAGAUUUAUGGUCUCUUCUAUCAUUUUUAAAGUUGAAGCCUUUUACGGAUAGAGAGUGGUGGCACAGAACAAUCCAACGUCCUGUUACUAUGGGAGAUCAAGGAGGACUUAAGCGUUUACAAUCUCUGAUUAAGAGCAUUACACUUCGCAGAACUAAAACAAGCAAAGUUAAAGGGAAGCCAGUUUUGAAGCUCCCAGAACGCAAAGUAUUUAUUCAGCAUAUUACACUUACAGAUGAAGAGCAUCUAAUCUAUCAGUCUGUGAAAGAUGAAAGUAUAGCUGCUAUUAGCAGGUAUUUUAGUGAGGGCACUGUUAUGACCCACUAUGCAGAUGUUCUUGGAGCUUUGCUCAGACUGAGACAGUUGUGUUGCCAUCCACAUCUCUGUGCAGGUGCAUCUUCAUCCAGCUCUGGGGAAGAUAAUAGUACUCCUGAAGAACUGCGUGAGAAAUUAAUAGAGAAGAUGAAAUUAGUUCUGAGUUCUGGAUCAGAUGAAGAAUGUGCUAUUUGUUUAGAGUCCCUAAAUGUUCCUGUGAUAACUCACUGUGCACAUGUCUUCUGCAAACUGUGUAUUUGUGAAGUCAUCCAAAAGGAGAAGCCAAAUGCCAGGUGUCCUCUUUGCAGGAAAGAAGUUGGAUUAGAGCAUUUAGUAGAAUGCCCUUUAGAGGAAUCUGACAGUGGAAAAAAGGCUGACCAAGAAUGGGUUUCCAGUUCAAAGAUUGAUGCAUUAAUGCAUGCAUUAAUAAAACUAAGGGAGAAGAAUCCAUUUAUUAAGAGUUUAAUUGUUUCUCAGUUCACAAAAUUCCUUUCUCUAAUAGAGAUUCCACUAAAGGAAUCUGGGUUCGCCUUUGUUCGCUUAGAUGGGUCCAUGACCCAGAAAAAACGAGUAGAAGCCAUUCGACAGUUCCAAAGCAAUGAGCCUGGCUCUCCUACCAUAAUGCUGUUAUCUCUAAAAGCUGGUGGUGUUGGUUUGAAUCUAACAGCAGCUUCACGGGUAUUUUUAAUGGAUCCAGCUUGGAAUCCUGCUGCGGAAGACCAGUGUUUUGACAGAUGUCACAGACUUGGGCAAAAGCAGGAUGUUGUUAUCACCAAGUUCAUUGUGAAGAACUCUGUAGAAGAAAAUAUGCUGAAAAUUCAGAACAAGAAGAGAGAACUUGCAGCAGGAGCCUUUGGAACAAAAAAACUUGCUUCUGGUGAAACAAAAAUGAAUGAAAUUAAGACCUUGAUGGAUUUAUAAUCUGAGAUGUUAGUAUUGGUCCUGUUUAUGUUUUGAAUUUGAUAUGAAACUUUUUGUUCAGUCAGCAGACAGAAGACCAAGAUAGGUAUCAUGACUUCAAAAGCAUUAUCAAAGGUACAUUCCAAGACAUUCUGGAAAUUUUAGGGGGUUUUUUUUAAUGUAUAUAGGAAUUUAUCCUAAAACUGCUCUGUAUGUACGGAUUCUUCUAAUGCAUUGGUAGCCCUUUCAAAUUUUCUCAGGUUGUAUUUAGGUUAUAAAGACAGUCCAGGUAUCCUUAAAAAAUAAUAUUAAAGGAUACAGUAUAACUUGCUUAGCAACAUUGAAUUUAGUUUGUGUUGUGUACAAGUUGUCAACAGCAAUAGUAAACACAAACAUACUUUUGUCCUCAUUUCUGUGUUUCUGCUGUUGUUUAUAGCAAAGCUAAGGAAAAGGAAAUUGUGCACAGUAUAGGAUCAAAAUUAAGUUCCUGAUUUUUCACUUGCUUGGAUCAAGUUUAAACGUACAAUAUUUUAUCCAUACAAUGUUUAGUUCAUAGCAGGCUUUUAACUUUCUAAUUUGAUUUCUAUUCUAGUUUGUCAACAGGAGUUUUGAUGUCUAAGAGUAGAUUGAAUUGUACCCAUAAUAUUUAGCUAGUAAGUUAAUUUGUAAUAGACCACAAACCUAUAUGUGGGCAUAAAAUACGGAGGUGUGCAUAUUAGCAUGUGGGGAUAUCUAAAGGAUUCUAAACAUACUUAGAUUCUAUGUUUAGGUUGAUGCCCUUGACAGUCAAACAUUUCCACACUUAAUAUGUUGCAGGGGGAUGUUUAUAAUACCUUCAUAGCUGUAGGCCACAUGUGUUCCUCCUGCAUACAGUUCAUGUUUACUAGAAAAAUAAACAUUUGUCUGAGUUUA